AAAUGAGAAUGGGAAUGGAAUCUAUUGAGACAAAUUGUGGGCCAUUUAAUUUUCUUUUUGCCGCUACGUUGACAGCAGCGGAAAAGAGGAAAAGAGCACAAGAGUCAUGUCGAACUGUUUUUUAAUGGCCAAUACAAAGACAGCACGCAUUCACACACAGUACGUAUGUAGCCCAGAGCGUGCCCGUAUCUACGAAAAUAUUACCCACUUUUGCUCCACAUUUAUGCGUUCAAUAUUUCAUAUUUAUUUGCUUGCCAUUCGGUUUCUGUUUCUGUUACUGUCUGGGCUUCUCCCUCACACACAGGCACAUGCCAUACACCAUACACCCUCUCGGAGCAGAGCUCCUCCUCUUUCCUCUUCCACCGCCUUCGGAGGUGAGAGAUAUCGGCAAUCGGCGGUUCGGGCGAUCGACGACAACUUCGUGGGCACAGCAGAACUGACGUUUUAAACUUCACCGUCAAAUCCAACAAUUCAGUUACGUUUCGAUACGCGACAAGUGCAUAGUGCUCCCUGAUCUACUCCUCCAAAAAAUAGAUCCAGCCAUCCACCCAUCCAGGCGAUCGAUCACGAUCAGUGCGCGUUCAGUUCUCGCUCAGUGGCUGGUGCCAACGUGUAACCCAGAGAUGCACUGCAUCCAAGGCCUGUGCCUGUGUCUGAGAGCCCACCCACCCGAAUAGGGCAGCGAAUUACUUGGGCCAGGGGAAUGCAAACUGUGAUCGCAAUGCAAAAAGUUUGUUCGUUUGGCUUAAGUUAUUUUCAUGCCUCAAGUAAACGCCACGUGGGUUUGAGAGUCUUGGACUCUUAGAGGCUUUUCCAGAGUGUGUCCAAUGCGGGACGAACACGAUUACAAAUUACAGGGACGCGUGCUAAUCGUCGAUCAGUGAUUGGAGAUCGUAUCCAACUUGUCAACGUCAUCAUUAGUCGUCAGUGAGUGCGAGCUCCAGAGGAGCGGACAGGAAUGAAGCGGCGAAUGGCGAAUCUAUUAGCAUAACAUCGCAUAAGACGUGUCCUGCUCGGGCUCUGGCUGUGGCUCUCAGAGUUUCCAAAUCCGAAUGCGAAUCAGUUGCAGUGGAGUCGCUGAGGCGUGAUGAACGUGUGGAAGGCAAAGGUGCUCACGGAGGUGCCCUUCGGGCAUGUGCUCGUCGUCAGUGGACGCGUCAAGCCACAUCCCAAUAAAAUCUCUCUGGACCUCACGGACAAUGUAAACGCGCAGAACGAGAGCGAGACGGUCUUUCUGAAGAUCGAGGCCAACUUCCGGGAGGGCCAGAUCAUCCGGAGCAUGUUCCAGCCCGGCGAGGGAUGGCAGCAGGAGGAGAUCUCCAAGAACUGGAAAAGCGACGGUCCCAAGAACCCCCUGAUACCCGGCCAGAGCUUCACCUUCCGCGUGGCCGUACUCCAGCGCUGCUUCGAGAUCUACGUGAACGAUCAGCUGUAUGGAUCCUUCGAAUUCGUCAAGUUCCCCAAGCAAAUCAACUAUGUGCGAGCCUAUGGCGACUUCGAGAAGAUCACCCAGUUCCACCACCGCAUGCUGUUUCCCCUGGUCUUCCCGCGCACCCUCAUGUGCCCCGACCGCAUCGCCUUCCAGAGCGACGUGCCCCGCCGCUACGAGACGGGCACCGUCGUGGCCAUGGAGUGCAUCGCCAAGGGUCCACCCACCACGGAAUUCUCCAUCUGUUUCCAAUGCAACGACACAGGACGCACUGUGCUCCGCUUUCAGGUGAACUUUGACAGAACGACCGUCUCCCGGAGCUACCAGCGCGAGGACAACAGCUUUGCCAGCGACGACGAGGAGACCGAGGGCGAGUUCCCAUUCGUGCGGGGCAAGCUCUUCAAGAUCGCCUUUGGGCUCGGGGAUCGCGCAUUCCUGAUCGCCGUCAAUGGACAGUACUUUACGUACUACAACUUCCCGGUGCGCCCCUUCUCGAUAUCCACCCUCAAGUGCUUCACCAAUGACGUGGGCGACUUUGCCGUCAGGAGCCUGGAGUACCACUCCGAUUCCCCGCUACUGGCCCGCGUAGAGAAGCUAUCCAUCAUUUAAUGGGAGGAUCGGUUCGGAUCGGAUCUUUGUUCAAUCGUUGGCUUUGAUAUUCCUGUAGAGCACCAGUUAACCUUCUUCUUGUGAGCAUUCAAAUAAAGCAAAGUCAACAAUCGA